UUGAAUACUUGUCAAGUAAAUACAUAUAAUCUUGGUGGCCAAGAAACUCCUAGUAUGGCUCCUCUAUAAGAAGCCACCAAGUCCAUGAAUAAAAAACCAACCUCAAACUUAAAAGAGCUAAGAAUUUCUAAAAUGGCUGAACAAGUGAAGUUGUUGGGACAUUGGGCAAGUCCUUUUAAUUGCAGAAUUGAGACAGCCCUGAAAUUGAAGGGCGUCCAAUACGAAUUCAUCCAAGAAGAUCUCCAAAACAAGAGUCCUCUUCUUCUCAAGUGCAACCCCAUUCACAAGAAGAUUCCAGUGCUCUUACACAAUGGAAAGCCCAUUUGUGAGUCACUUGUCAUUCUUGAGUACAUUGAUGAGACCUGGAAAGGCACUCCGAUCUUCCCUGAAGAUCCUCAUGAGAGAGCCAUAGGGCGUUUCUGGGCCAACUUCAUAGAUGAGAAGUGCUUGCCUGCAAUAAAGAAGGCUUUUUUUACCAAAGACGAUAAGGCCAUUGAAGAAGCAAGUGAGCUCCUGCAAACAUUGGAAGCCCAACUGAAUGAUAACAAGUUUUUUCGAGGAGACAACGUCGGUCUGGUAGACAUUGUCGCAAACUUGUUUGGAUAUUGGGUAGGAGUGAUUCAGGAAGCAAUGGGUGUUGAGUUGUUGACAGAAGAGAAAUUUCCCAGACUCCGCAAAUGCAUCGAUGAGUAUGACAAUUGCAAUGUCAUCAAAGAAUGUCUGCCUCCCAUUAAGAGAAAUUAA